GCUAUUUGUGGACCAACAGCGAUAAAGGAACAGUGAAAGUCAAGAUCAGUCUGUCCACUCCAAGUGGUCUUUCUCUCUUCAGGCAGUUCUUCCUAGGACUCAGAACUCUAAACUUCACCUCAUUUCUUCCUGAACAUCCUGAGUCUGAAUUCCAGUUCUAGAGCAUUCCAAGGCAACUGCCCUUGCUGCAGUGCACAGACUUCUCCUAAGAGGAGAACGUUCCCAGAGGCGCCACUGCCCUCAGAUCAAGGUCACCACUGCUGAGGUUAAGGCUUAUGCCAUCAAGUGAGGCUGGGCACCGCAAAGUCAGCUGUUCUCUGCUUUGUGACCAGUUGUGCUUUCUGAAGUGAUCUCUCACUGCUGUGAAAAGAAGCAUCUUUGGUGGUUAGAGAGAGCUCCGUGUACCUCUUCUACAUACAGAGCCAUGGCUUGGGCCUCCAGCAUUAAUGCAUUCUUUAAUAAUUUUAAGAGGGAAAGCCAAAUCCUCUCUGAGGAAACCAUCACCUUGAUUAAAACCCACAUCAAGAGCAAUAACCUCCAGGAAGCACUUUCUGUAAUCAACAAUGCACUGAAAGACAUCGAGAAUGCCCCCCUGAACAUUGCUGUGACAGGGGAGACAGGGACAGGGAAGUCCACGUUCAUCAAUGCCAUAAGAGGGGUCGGACAGGAAGAUGAAGGUGCAGCCCCCACCGGGGUGACAGAGACAACCAUGGCGAGAACUCCAUACCCACAUCCAAAGCUUCCCCAGGUGACACUAUGGGACCUGCCUGGCAUUGGGUCCUCUUCUUUCACACCAGAAAACUACCUAAAAGAAAUGAGGUUUCAUGAGUAUGACUUCUUCAUUAUCAUCUCAGCUUCACGCUUCAAAGAAAAUGAUGCCCAGCUAGCCAAAGCCAUCUCAAGGAUGAAAAUGAAUUUCUACUUUGUCCGAACAAAGAUAGAUAAUGAAUUAUAUAAUGAAAAGAAAAGUAAACCCAAGACAUUCAAUAAGGAGAAUGUCCUAAAGAAAAUCCGGAAAGACUGUUCACAGCAACUCAAGGAGGUUCUCUCAGGUGAGCCUCAAAUCUUCUUAGUCUCUAACUUUGAAACGUCUGAGUAUGACUUCCCAAUUCUGGAACAAAAACUCCUAAAGGACCUCCCAGACAAAAAACGCUAUGUCUUCAUGCUAUCUUUGAACAGUGUUACCAAGGAGGCCAUUAACCUCAAGAGAGAUUUCCUAAAGCAGAAGGUCUUUCUAGAGGCCCUGAAGAGUGGAGCAUGGGCCACCAUUCCAUUUGUUGGCAUGAUCAGGGAUGAGUUAGAGGAUCUGGAUGAAACAUUCAAUCAAUUCAGGUCUUACUUUGGACUGGAUGAUGCCUCAUUGCAAAAGAUUGCUAAAGAUUUUAAUAUAUCUGUGAAUGAACUGAAGGAACACCUUUCGUUUCCCCGUUUGUUUGCAGAAGAUGAUGAUGUGUCCUUACUAAAAAAACUACAGAAUUAUAUUGAACGUGUUUCCUUGGGUAUUAUUGGUGGACUAGGUGGUGCUGUUUAUUACUACAAGAAGUCUUACUAUCUGCAGAAUCUCUUUAUUGAUACUGCAGCAAAUGAUGCCAUAGCUCUUCUUAAUAAAGAAGAUCUUUUUGAAAAGAAGGUGGGACCAUAUAUAUCUAAGCCCCCGGAAUUCUGGGAAUGAUGGAAAAAUGAGGCA